AUGGAAUAUCCGUCGGUCGACAUUACAACGGCCAGAAGUCUGCAGCCCUCAGCGCUCAGCGUUGAUAGCGGCGACAUUCUGGGUAAAUUUAUCCUGAUCUAUUUCCGUCUGCCGUUAAACUUGUUUAUCCAGACCUAUGACUAUAUUUGUUCACUUCACGAAGAGUGGACAUUCCUGCUUCGGUCACGCCUUACCAAGGUAAAAGUCCUUUAUAUCAUUACACGAUAUGUCCUCUUUUUCAUCGUCGCCGCGGACCUAUAUACAAUGCUUGAUAUUUACGCGUGCUUGUUUGUGCUCAGAACAUGCGCGCUUUGGAACAACAAUAGAAUCAUACUCACAGCCAUACUGUCCACCAUUUUUGCUAUUGGCAUUUGGUUGACUACUAUUGCCACCUCACAUGUAACGACUAGCGUCAUCCCAGACAUCACAGGUUGUCACCGGAGCUCUGGUAGUUUCUCAUUCUUCAUGCAGUUUAUUGUCUUAACUCGUGUUCCAACUGGGUAUGCAGCCGGAAACUGGACUAGUUGGCGGUCGGCCAAAGGCCCUCUGUACGCGAUCUUGCUGAAGCAUAACAUAUUCUGCUAUGCAUGCGGUCUGCUUCUCUCGGCCAUAAAUGUCAUUGUUCCAAAGCUGCUUGACUACUCCGUAUCCUACUUCAUCCCCGAAGGGUAUGCACAAAUUCUGUUGCGAAUUCCCACUAACAACACCCCCAAUACACAAUUUGGAGGUUUUGAUCCUUGCAAUCCUCGCUACGCGCAUGCACCUCCAUCUCUGGCAUAUGAACCGGCACGCGAGUGGCUCUGA